CUCAGCUGUCGGGGUAGAACGAAUAUCAGAUAUCGGUAUGGUUUCUUUGCAAGUGGUUUGAUCGAAUAGUGUAGUUGAAUAUUUAUCAACAUAUAAAAUGUGAAAAUAUUAACUAGAAAAACAGCUAAGAUGAUAAGCAGAACACCUUUUUUCAAUCAGACUGUCAUUGUCGCAGGAAUUUUGAAUUUGAUUUUGAGUUGCGGUUUGAGCCUCGGAUUUAUAUCAAGUUUUCUGGAACAAAAUGCUGAGAGGAAUCAUUUGAGAUUUAGUAGUGAUGUUCAGAAAAGCAUUGAGAUCGCCGGGGAGAUAGCGUUCCUGCCAUCAAUUGUCAUUAUACCCUUGCUGAUGCAGAAGAAAGGCAGGAAGAUAGCUAUUUAUGCGACCACCCUACCUCUUUUACUCAGCUGGUUAAUAAGCUAUGACACCAAAAAUGUAGGCACCAUUAUCACAGUUAAUAUCCUACAUAAUGUCGCACUAGGCGGAGCAGUUGCAACCAGCAGCAUUAUAAUAUCAGAAUAUUGCGAUCCAAAUUAUAGAGCCACAUUUUUAAUGCUAGAAACUGCUAUGAUGUCAUUAGGAAUAUUGAUUAGCCACAUUUCGGGAAUGUUAUCAUGUUGGGGUUUAAUUUCAUCAGUUGGUAUUUUAACAACACUGACGCCUCUAAUUGCAACCUACUUUUCUCCAGAAAGUCCUUACUGGUUGACCUCUCAAGGUCAUAUAAUAAAAGCAAAAGAGUGUUUUUACAACUUAAGAGGCGCUCAUGAAAGUGCCCUUAAUGAAUUAGAUGAUUUGCUAACAACGCAGAAAAGGAAACUGCAACAAAUGGUCAUAAAGCCUAUAAGAAGAUUAAAUCUCCGAGAGAAGGUUGUAGAUUAUCUGAAAUCUUUGUUAAAGGCCGAUUUUCUUAAGCCCCUAUCUACUAUGAUAUUGCUGUUCAGUUUUGUUGGUUUUAGUGGUGAAAAUGUGGUCUCAAAUUAUUCUUUCAGACACGUUUUUAAUUUAGCUAACGGCAAGUAUAUAGGUACCAUUAUUUUGGAUGUAAUGACUUUAAUAUGUUCUUUAACUGCUUGUGUCUUGAUUCAGAUUAUUAAAAGGAAAACACUGUUUUUGUUUACUGGAUCAUUUUCUCUUGUAUUCUUAGCAAUGACAAUGAUAUUGUUAAUUUUACAAUCAUUUGAGAUGUUUGCUAAAGAUUAUCUUUGGUUGGUUUUGAGUUUUAUCACAGGUUUUAUCAUGUUCAUGUCUCUGGGUACAUCUGCGUUGCCAUUUUCCAUUCUAGGAGAACUAUUUCCAAUGUCAUACAAAGGGAUUGGCAGUUCUUUAACUUGUGCAUACCUAUGGGCCUUUGGUAAUAGUAUUUUAAAAUGGAUUCCAACGUUGACUGCUCAUAUUGGAGUAUAUGGUUUACUAUUGCUAACGUUAUUAUCAAUGUCUGCAAUUUUAUAUGUAGUAAAUAAUGUUUUGCCAGAAACUCAUAGUAAAAGCUUAUCGGAAAUUAACGAAUUAAUGAAGAUGUCCAAUUGUGUUGUUGAAAGUAAACUUGAAGAUAACAAUACCUUUGAUAACUUGAUGCUUUUUAUAGAUGUCUAAAUAAUUGAUCUGAAUAUUUUCCCCUUAUAUAUGACAGACAUGUAAAAUAUUGUAAUAAAUAUUUUUAAAUCUA